CUGAAAUGCGUUAUAGUUGCAAUCAUAUGCGGAUUGAUUAUACUAGAUACUUGGGCAUAUUUGGCGGCUACAUUCUUUAACACGAUUUCUAGGAUAGCAAUCAUACCGCUUCCUAAAUCGAGUUACAUCAAUUCAACGACCCGAAGACGGCAGGUGAAUUACACUAUUCGAUAUAGAAAGGCUGAACAUUUAAACCAUUCAUCUCUUUAUCUCUUCUCGGAUGAGGGAGAAUGUCAAGGACUUUUCUGUAAAUGGUCUACAAUGCCUGGUGCCACUAGAGAACUUUUCAAGUGGGCUCCUGAGAUAUUUGAGAAAGUUCCCCUGCACUUCCUUGGAAACUUCAAAAAUCCAUGUUGGUUACGGAACGAGACGGAACUCAACUGUCUUCCCUACUUCUACGUGAUAGGGACAAGUAAGUGCGGUACGACAGAUAUCUGGACGAAGAUCUUGUCUCAUCCUGAUGUUAUUAAUGUCCCAAAAGAACCACAUUGGUGGGGACCCCGUCGCCUUGGUUACACUGGAACACCAAUUCAUGGGAAAGAGGUAUUGGCCAUACGAAAGCUCACAGGAGGGGAGGAUGACAGCUCUUUGGAAUGGUAUCUUAAUCUAUACAAAUCUUUAGGAGUUCCCAAAAUAAUAAGCAAUAAUGUCACAGCAGCAAAGGGAAUUCCUUACUAUCAUAAAGUUUUUGGUGAUGCCUCGAUAUCUACUAGCUACACCAUUGGGAUGGAUUGGACUAAGAUUUUCCCAAACGCUUCGGAGCCCGUGUAUACAACUGCACAACUUCUCCGAGCAGUACAACCUAAUGCAAAAAUCAUCCUUAUGGUUAGAGAUCCAACAGUAAGGGCAAUCUCAUAUUAUUGGUAUAGCUACAGAAGUGGAAAUUCGAAAGGUUUCCACGAUCUCACGGUCAAACAAAUUGGAUGUUUAAGAGACUGUCUUCAGAAACAUAAUAUUCGCUACUGUGCAUAUGCGUCAGGUUGUCCCUAUAGCUUAUUUCCUGGACUAAAGGGUGGACUCUACUCGGUGUUCGCUCGUGAUUGGAUGGAAGCUUUUUCACGUGAUGGAGUACUCGUCAUUCGAUUGGAGGAUCUGGAGGCACACCCUCUUUCUACGUAUAGAAAAAUAAUUGAAUUUCUCGACUUAGGACAACUGAGCGAAAAGGAAGAAAAUGAAAUCAUCUACGCUCCUAAGAGGAACGUGAACAGAAGGAGGAAACAGAUUCUUCCAGAAACCAAAAAACUUUUGGACGACUUUUACGCACCUUACAACAAGGAUAUGGCGCUUUUAAUGAAAGAUGACAAAUUCUUAUAUCCUGUAACAUAACCAUGUUAACCACGUCCAUUUCCCUACUUAUCAUUUUAGGUGUAAGCUUGAAUAAUGCUGUUGUAUUUAAUUUAUUUAUUUUCCACUAUACUCGUUAACAUUAUUAUUUUCUUUGAUAUAAUUGUUAUUAAUAUUAUCAUCGACAUGCAUCUGUAAAUGUGAGGCCGAGCGUGUGUUUGUUUGAAUGCAUUCAUAAUAUGUACAGAAGUGAGAUGUUAUUGACUUUAUGGUACAUAUUUUGAGAAUGUUGAUAAUAUACAUCCUUCCCUCAAAUUACACUGCAAAAAAUACCGGUGUUAAUUUAACACCGGCUGGGUGUAUAUACAGUGCGUCUAAAAAAAAAGCCGUACACUUUUAAAAUGGUUGCCAAAUAAAGAAAUUUACCACUUUGGGGGAAUAAAUAUAAAUAUGGAAAGCCAAUUAACUAAACUUUC